AUGACCUCCCGAGACGACUAUGCGAGCCUCGCGCUCUCGUCCAUCUCCUGGUUCACGCCCGCGAACAAGCAUGUCUUCCCCGAGUUGUGCAAGGGCAAGUUCACCGACGUCGACUUGUACUGCGCGACGGGGACGAGCGACUUGUGCUGCGGCCUUUGCCCGAACACAUGGGUUUCAGGACUCGGCCAAUCCGUCUGGGCCAUCAUCAGCUACGGCAUCGCCAGUCUCGCCUACAUCCUCGCACCAGGCGAAGUCUGGGGCCUCGCAGUCAUGCAGGUCAUGCUCGCGAACGCCUUCAUCUUCGCUGGGUUAAUCCGCGUGUGGGCGGGCGCGUCGGACGGAGGGAUGGCGAAGUGGCAGGUUCAGUUUCUGUGGCCGCAGGCUCUCGCAUUCAUCUUCAUCAUGGCUCCCGCAAUCCUCACACCUCAAUGGGCGCGCCUCGGUCGCUCCCAACUCGACAUGGAGAAGAUGCUCAUCCGUCUCACAGGCGACGCACGCCGAGUAACCCGCGCCCAGCUGAGAGAAGCAGAAGUCAGGCUCGUCAAGAGGCAGCACCAGACUUGGAGUUGGUGUGUGUUGACGUUUUGGUUUGUGAAUAUGGUCUUCUGGACUGUCGGAUUCGUCUGGGCUUCUCGUGCCGACAUCGACUAUGCCCAAUCGAACUGCGACGACGUCGUCCAGCCAACUCUCACGCCCGUCAUCGCCACCUGCAUCCUCGGCGUGAUCGCCUGGCUGAUGGUUUUCUUCGACGCCUGGAUCUUCCUCGGGAAGAACAAGAUCGGCGGUAGCGACUACCUCAUCGACGUCUGGGACCGACACUUCGGGAAGACCGGCGUGCAGCGGACGUGGAAGGAGCACCGCAGGCUCGAGAGGAAAGUCACGAUUGGAGUGACGGUUGGGCUGUUCUUUCUCUGGCUCAUCUUGGACUGCUGGAUGUACCUCGAGGGGAUCAACAAGUUCCUCCUCAGCGGUUCGGACUUUGUCACCUUUGGCCAAGUCGAGCAGUUCACCGCCCUGUUUCCCGACUUACUCGGCCUCUUCACCGCCCUCCAAGCCUACUUCUCAAGCCGCGACGAGCUCAACACCUGGCGUAAGGAGUCGACUUCAAGCGAGCACAACGGCGGACCCGGAGGGGAAGAGUCGAGCGAUCAACCUCAUCGCAUGUCGCUUCCCCCCACCCCUUCGCGCACGUCGCUUCACCCGGCUCCCUCGCGACCGAGUAGCUUCAACUUCGAUCCGGAUGCGGCUAUGGAGUUGGUGAGGCAGCGGCCUGCGUCCACGCACUCGAACUCGCACUCGCACUCUUCCUCGUCGGCCUCGGCACAGACGAAGGGCAAGAAACGCGCGUCGUCCAUCUCGACUUUCGGGAGUAGGAGAUUCGAGGAGAUCUCGACGGAUUCGGAGGACGCGUAUGCGCCGGGACCAAGCACGCGGGUGACGGACCGGAAGAAGGAGGACUACGGCUCGUCGUCGCACGCCGCGCACUCGUCUCACUCGUCGUCGCACGACUCGCACCAUUCCGACUCGGUACGCGAGUCUCGCCACGACAGCCACCACUCGCCUUUGCAUCGCGCCCCCUCGACUUCGACCUCGCAGUACGACUCCCUCCUCGACCUCUACGACCGCUCCCGUCCCUCAACUCGGCAGUCCUCUUCCCACGGCCAUAACGAGGGCGAGGGCGCCAACCCGCGCGCGUCCUUCUCGUCGUUCAAGAACAGGUACCUCGACACUGACCCGGAGGAGUUCCAUGAGAGGGUUGUGAGGCAGCAGAGUCUUGGACGGGGUGCGAGGGGUGAGAGUCGCAGAAGAAGGAGGGAGAGGGAGUAG